GAAAAGAAGAACGAUGAGAAAGCUAUUCUAGGAGAUCCUCCUCAGUCCUCCUCGUUAAUGGAAUGAAUUCAACAAUAUGAAGUGUUUUAGUUAAUUUAAUACGGAGUAUUCUUUUAUGAGUAAAAGAAAAAAUAUAAAAAAACAUAAGAAUAAAUAAUUCGGGAAGCAAAAGGUCAAAAGUUUAUAGGAGUUUGUCCAUAAAUAAUACUAAAACAAGUGCUAUGGACAAAUAUAGAAUCACUUUUUAAAAAAUUCCAAAAAUGAGACUAAACUAUCACAAUUGACCAUAACCAUCCUGACCAGUGACUAAUUCGGCCAGUGACCAAUCUGACCAUUGACCAAUCCGAUCAUGAUCAAUCUGAUCUGACCAUGAUUAAACCGACAGUACGUGACCAAACCGACAGUGACCAAUUCGAACGUGACCAAUCCGACCGUGACCAAUCCCCGUGACCAAUUCGACUAGUGACCAACUUAAUUAAUGACCACGACCAAUUCAAGACCAACACAGACACGACCUCCCGGACCACCGUUGCCCCAACCACCGCCUCCCCGACCACCGCCUCCCCGACCACCGCCCGUUGCCGUCCGAUGGGGAUCUCCGCCGCCACCCGACGGUGACAUCCACUUCCCAGUGGUGACAACUGCCACCCGUCACCAACCAGCCCCUCCCCAGCCCCCCCACCAACCCCCACCCCCCUCCAACAUCCUCCCUCAGCCCCCCUCCAGCACCCUCCCCAGCCUCCAGCAACCCAUAGAUCCCCUCCACCACCUUCCCCCAGCACCCUACAGCCCUGCAACACCUUCCCCCAGCCCCCUUUAACCCCUGCACCCAAGAGCCCUCAUCCAGCACCCUACCGAAGCAAUCAGUGGCCCCAACCCCCUUCAAGCACCCUUCAUAAGCCACCAACGACCCCUUUUCCUUCCCUGCCAAUCCCUCGCCACCGCCUUAACUGCCGCCCAGCAGCCCCCACCAAUCGAUUGAGCGAUUGCAAAUCCUCCAGUACAAAAAGGAGAAGAACAAGAGGAAAGAGUAGAUCCAUUCGUCCGAUUAGACACCAGCGACGGACAUAAUGGCCUUGGCGGCGGCGAUAUUAAUGGCAUUUGAGGCGGCGAUACUAAUGGUCUUGGUGGUGGCGAUAAUGCUCUUGGCGGCGACGAUGUUAUUGACUAGCAAUGGUGGUGCGACAGACUUCUCUAAUCUCUAUGGUUUGUUGCUGGCAGUCGCUAUCUCUAGUGUCAGUCCGUCUCUUG